AUGUCGCACCCCUAUUCAGACAACCUUUACUCGUACCCGGGCCUGGGAAACGACGAGGACAUCGAGGAAGCUGCUGGUCCCCAACAGGACCAAAGGCAAAUCCAAAAUGUAUCUCUGCCUAUCGAUGACUUCAUUAAUAACACGUCAGAGUCUUCAUUCAACUCUCCAUUUUCUCCCCCUCCCUUGGACGAGGACCCGUCUCUCGACCCGUCAAUGACCGGUGAUAGCAAGGCGAGAGAGGCGGCUCGCUUGUCAGGACGCGACGAAGACAUUUACGACGCAGAUGAGGGAGAGACGACGCAUCAGUCAUCUCGGAUAGAUGGCGGCUAUCCAUCUCUUCCCGUUUCCAGUUCGACAUAUGCCACGCCAUCGGCCCACUCACAACCACACCAGGCCGCGUACUACCCGCACUUCCCAUCACAAGCCGACUCAUCAUCAUCCCCAUAUAUACCCCCGACGUCUGGUUCACCCUACGCGGCUUACCCUCAACAUCAUCAAUCAACAUCCAGUCAAGGCUCUUCACCAUUCCUUUUUGAAGCCCCUCCAGCCUACACUCCUUCGCCGACGUCGGCUUCGCCAACAAGCCCCUUGAACUCCCACGCAGCAUCCUCAACAACCUACCAGACCUUCCCUCAGGCAACAACACCACCCUCUUCCUCGACCGACAGCAUGGGUCGUCCGGACGAGUCCACUGGCCUGCUGAACCGUGGCCCAGAAAGCAUGGGCAACCCCGGUGAUGGGCCGGAGAAUACGAACCCUACUUGGACUGAGCGAGCGAGGAAUCGUCUGCCCUCCCGGGAAACCGUCAGGAAGACUCUCCUGGCAUUGAUUGUUGCGGUCCUGCUGUUGGGCAUUGUUACCCCUUCAUCCAAUUCCGACCACAACAACAACCCAUCAUCCCCCUCUCGACCUGGCCAUGGCGACGGACGAGGAGGUUCUUCCCCAUCAACACCGCCCGUCAUGCAAUACCCCGACGUCGACAACGAGUCCGACUGGUUCUCGCGCUAUCGCUGCCGCGGCGGCCGCACCAUCACUCGUCCAACCGAGACCUACGACGUCUCCUUCUCCUCCAGCAAGCACCUGACCAUCAACCAAGAGCGUCUCGACGACGGUGACACGCACCACUACGACACGUACGUUCAAAUCCAAGGCGAAGUCAUCGUCCGCCGUUCCGGUAAAGACACCCCCGACCCCUCCAUCGUCCUCGACGUCAUCGUCAACGACGACCGCAUCCCAAUCGAAACGCACUGGAACCCCAGCGACCAAGCCCUCACCAUCAAGACCCCCGACGGGCUCAACACGGGCGAGCGCAACCUCAAGUUAUGUGCCACCGUGAAGGCCACCGUCUGGGUGCCCGAGGACGCGGAGCUCAAUUACCUCCAGAUCGCCACCAUCCAUUUGGGCGUCCAGCUGCUCGAUAACCUGUCUCUGACGGUCAAGACCCUCGCUAGGUUCGACGCUGUGGUCGGAAACAUCAUUUCCGCUUCCUCUGGCGCCUCAAAGAACAACAACAAGGAGGUCCCGCGCGACACCUCCCCCGACUCUUACACCUUCCACCCCCGUAAAUGCGAAGCGGGUACCACCUCCGGCCAGAUCUACGGCGUCUGGCCGUUGUUUGACUCUCUCACCUUAAAAUCCACAUCAGGCGACAUCAAAGUCGGCAUUGAACCCCACGACAACUGGGACAAGGACUCCAUGUCUGCUCCUCAGUCUGCAGAGCUCUCCAUCCGUUCCGCCUCCGGCGACCUCGACUUCCGCGAGCAUGGCGUCAGUGUCACAGGCAAAACCCCCCCACAGGUUCCCAAGAGGGAUUAUAUUCUCGACGUGCACACCACGAGUGGUAACGUCCAUGGUCUGGCGGCUUUUCGGUCGUAUGCUACUGUGAAGUCAACCAGCGGCACGCUCAAACUUGGACUUCUUCCGGUAUUGAAGUCUGCUGAGGACGACCAUCCGGUUGAAGUGUCGACCUCGUCCACCUCGGGCAGCACAACAAUCACCAUUUUUGACCCCGUCUACUUUUCUUCCUCUUCCCAAGUAGCAACCACCCCCAACCCCGCCUUCCGCAACCUCUACAACCAACACACCUCCACCUCGGGCGAUUUUCACCUCUACCUCCCUUCCUCCUGGGAGGGUGAGAUCGUCAUGACUUCGCUCAGCGGCAAGCUGGCAGUUGCUGGGAAGGAUGUCCAGAUUAUCAAGAGUGGGGAGCAGUGGCCGGGGUUCAAUAAGGAGUUGGUCGCCAAGAAGGGCUCGGAGGGAAGUAGAGUUAGGGUGGGGUUGACUAGUGGGAGUGGGGAGGUUAGGGUUGGUUAG